AUGCGUUUCAACGAGAGGCAAUCACUUGUAUUGAAAAUAAUCAAUCCAUUCCUGUUUCUGCUCAUACUUUUGCUGGAAAGACUAUUGUUGCUCUGUAAGCAUGUUUCUGUUGUAUAUUGGAGAAAUAUAUGCCAUAGCCCAAUCGUUGAGAGACAGGCAAAGAGCAUCUAUACAUCUCCAAUCCAAGCCUUGUCAAAUCAGAAAUUCCGAGAAUUGGAAGAAGAAUUUGGAGACGCCGGUCUUAUGACAGGUGGCGUAACUCUGAAUGCUGAAGCAUCCUGCAUUGUGAUGGCAACUGAGACCUUUUGGUCUAUGCUGUACAAAGGCUCUGAAGUGAUGAGCGAAGUGGGUUGGGUGAUCUUCGAUGAAAUCCAUUAUUGA